ACUCAAAUUUUUUAAAUUGAUUAAAUUUUACGAGGCUAUGAAAAUAUAGACCUAUCGAUGACCGAUGGUAUGGCGGCGUAGCUGCCGUGAGAAGAUAUCGCUGCCGAACCUAUCGAUAGCUGUGUGUUUCUACGUAUAUUUUUGGCAUACUUGCUUUAUAAAUCAUUUCAAUUCGGUUGCUUGACGUUCACUGUAUCUGCUCAGCACACAGGACUUACUCGAAUAACUUUCGCAAUAGAUAUAUCAAAAUUCUCCGUGUGGUUUCUCCCUGGAUGCAACACUAAAUUGGCCUGUGUUUUCACAUUUUUUAUGACGUUAAAAUUCUCAGUGCAAGACUAAAACUACCAUUAGCAACGACAAGCAGCAUAGAAAAUCAUCACCACCAAAUAAGUAAAUCAGCAACAACAACAACACGUCGCAGAGGCAGAAGCUUCAAAAAAUUAACAGGAAAAUUGGACAAACUUCUCUCGAGAUUGGAAAAAUGUUAUUAAAAGUGCCAUCUGUUGACUGGACGGAUCAAAUCAUUUACGUGGUGGACGACGACGAGUCGCUGUCAGAUUUCGACGAUGAGCCAGAUUUCUCGGAAUAUAUGUGGAUGGAGAACGAGGAGGAGUUUGACAAGAAUGAACUGCAACGCCUGGAGGAGGAGGAGAUCAUGCAAGAGUGCUUCGAGGCCAUGAUCGAAGACGAGCUGGAAGAGCAAAUCAACGAUUGGGAAAAGGCCAAAACGGAAGAACAGAACACAGCGCUUUCCGCACUGCCCAAAAGUCAGUGUAAUGUGGAAAAGUCUGUUCUGAACCCCAUGGCCGAUGAGUUCAUUCCGCGAAGUCAUAUUAUGGACUUCCCUGCCUCGUAAAGCCAGCUCAUUCUUAUCCCUGCCCGCCUACCACAGAAUCACAAACCAUCCCGCCCCAUAACACGUGGACCUCAUACGCGAAAAAAUCCUAAGAAAAAACUGAAGAAAACAAGUUCCGCUAAUGAGAUUGAGAUUGAAAUAUCCUGACCAAGUUGAGCAGCAAGAGCAGACGGAGGAAUUAGCUCGAAACACAGCACACGAUUAUCUAAUUACUAGAUACAACAAGAAAAAGCUGGAUUAAAACUCAACUCCAAAUGCUGGCGACCGAAAUGCAAACGAAUCGUAUUUUACAAAAACCCA